AGGGGGGCAUCAGAGAGCUCCGAGCAGGCUUCGGAGGAUGCCCACCCCGCUGCGGGGACUCGCUCCGGGCGGGAUGUUUGUGUCCAGUCGGCCGUUCCUCGCCCCGUCGCCCCGCAGCCGGCAUCCAUGAAGCCCCCCCUGAUGAAGCCCCGAGCUGCCAGAGUGAGGCGGAAAGCGGCCGGAGACAGAGAGCAUGUACUGGCGCGUCGGGUUCGCCUGGACGCGGUCGUGUGUGGUUGAUCUUGGCCAGAACCAGAGCUUCUCCUCCGGCCUGCUGGGCUCCGAUGAGCAGCUCUCGUUUUAUGGAUACAUCAUCGCCUACCCACUGCAGGACUACGGCGGGAUCAUGUCAGCGCUGGGCUCGGACUCGUGGUGGCGGAAGACGCUGUAUCUGACCGGAGGGGCUCUGCUGGCUGCCGCUGCCUAUCUGCUGCACGAGCUGCUGGCCAUCAGAAAGGAGGAAGAGCUGGACUCUAAAGAUGCCAUCAUACUCCAUCAGUUCUCCAGGCCCAAGACCGGUGCUCCGUCCCUGUCCCCUUUCUGCCUUAAGCUGGAGACCUACCUCCGUAUGGUUGACCUGCCCUACCAGAACUACUUUGAUGGGAAGCUUUCACCGCAGGGAAAGAUGCCGUGGAUCGAGUACAACCAGGAGCAGGUGUGCGGCACCGAGUUCAUCAUCGACUUCCUGGAGGAGAGGCUGGGCGUGAGCCUCAACAAGAGCCUCACCAUGCAGGAGAUGGCCGUGUCGCGCGCCAUCACCAAAAUGGUGGAGGAGCACUUCUACUGGACGAUAGCUUACUGUCAGUGGGUGGACAACCUGGAGGAGACGCAGAAGAUGCUGUCGGUGAGCGGACCACUGAGCGACCUGCUCAAGUGGAUCCUGAGUCACCUGACCGGUGGGAUCGUCAAGAGAGAGAUGUACGGCCACGGCAUCGGACGCUUCUCCAAGGAGGAGGUUUACACACUGAUGGAGAAGGACAUGCGGACCCUCGCCACUCUGCUCGGGGAUAAGAAGUACCUUAUGGGCUCCAGGCUUUCCACCGUAGACGCUGCGGUGUUCAGUCACCUGGCCCCUGCCAUGUGGACUCUACCGGGGUCUCGGCCGGAGCAGCUAAUCAAAGGUGAGCUGAUCAACCUGGCCAUGUACUGUGAGCGCAUCCGCCGGCGAUUCUGGCCCGAGUGGUUUGUGGACCUGGAGGACUUCCGCUACAGCGACACCACGGAGUGCAGCAGCAGCGUCUCGCCCUCCAAGCUCCCCGACCUGGGCCUGUACUCCUGCACGGACACCUCCCAGGACGACUCGCGCUUGCGCACGCCGUGCGCCUCGCGCCCCCACACGCCGCCGGACCCGCCGUCGCCCGUCAGCGACCCGACGGGCCACUCGCUGUACGACUCCGACAUGGACACCGAGUGCUCCGAGAUAGACCAGCUCAAGUGUUGACAACACGUGCACUUAGAGGACACUCCACACUUUAGGCACCGCACUGGGGGGG